ACCAAAUCUCCGGGGUCGUGAUGGUGAUGAUAUUCCGGGACCCGAGGCUGCAGGACGGUUGAUGCCAAGUGGUUGUUGAUCCUUCAGCUUGACCGGGCCUGUGUGAGAGGCCGAAAUCGGUCGGGUAGAAGAAGAGCUUCAUGCCCCCAAAUCCAGUCGCCUUAUUAGUACUGGCCCUGUGCCGCUCUCUUUCUCACUCUGUGAGAUGCCGAUCAGUUGAACAGCAAAAACCACUCAUAACAUACAGCAACCACAGAGUCAUUCACGAUGAUGUCCUCAGCUCUUCUCAAGCUCUUCAGAUCCACUGGAUCUUACCUCUUAGCAUUCUCACGACACUCAAUCUUCCGCCCACACUCAGUUAGAGGCAUUUCGGUCCCAAAGACCGACCAUGAACGAGCAGCCGCUGCUCGUGACCUGCUCAAAGCCGCUUUCGGAGAGCGGGUCAUUACCGCCGAUGACCCUACCUCCGGGCCCAUGGUGGCUCUUACAACGCCUUGGUCAACAACAUGCCACCUCCCCUCUGCUGCUUACUUCCAACCUGUUUCGGCAGCCGAGGUCAGCACGGCGCUCUCCAUCAUUACCAAAACGCAAUGCAAAUUUGCUGUGCGUGCCACGGGCCACAAUCCCAACCCGGGUUUCAGCAGCACUCGUGAAGAUGGCGUGAUUAUUGAUUUGCAGUUGCUGAACGAUAAGUCCUUUGACCCGGAGACAGGGAUAGCAAGCGUGGGAGCGGGAAACACUUGGGGAGAGGUGUAUACCUGGCUCGAAGGCAAGGGCAGAAGUGUGAUGGGGGGACGAUACGAGGAAAUUGGUGUGGCGGGGUUUGUGCUGGGAGGGGGCAUGCCAGGGUUUGUGAACCUGAGGGGGAUGGGCUGUGAUCAGGUCCGGGGAUUUGAGGUUGUCCUUGGAGAUGGACACACUGUCCACUGCUCUGCCGAAGUCCGGCCGGACCUUUACCGGGCUCUGAAAGGCGGCGGAUCCAACUUUGGAGUCGUUACUACCUUCUACUUGCAGACGUACCCGUUGCUGAAGACGCAGUAUACUGUGAGCCUGUACAAGCCGGAUGAUUACGCCAAUAUCAUCGAGGCUUCGGUAGCGACGCACAAGCAGAUGGAGACCGAUGACCAAGCGGCGUACUUUACCAACGUCCACAGGGAUUUUGUCGCCAUUGGACAGCUGUAUGCCGACACGCCCGAGGAAGAACCAAAGGUGUUUGAGCCGUUCCGGAAAUUGGAGAGUAUGAUGGCGCCUGUGGUUCCAAAGACGGAUGGCACGCUGUCGACGCUGGCGCAGGCUAUUGGACAUCGGCCUCCCAAGGGAAAACGCACCAUUUUCACCCUUUCCACCAAAGUCGACAAGGACCUCUACCUCGCCAUCCACCAAAUUUGGCAAGACGUAACCGCCACGCUCCCCCCUUCCAGUGAAGGCACAGACCUGCACUACACCAUCCAGCCCGUCACUGCCUCUGCCGCCCGCGCCGGUCGUGACAAUGGCACAGGGGGCAAUGCUCUUGGUCUGCAAGAAGUAUCGCAGAACUGGUGCGUGUUCACGCUGGAGUACCCGCGGGACGGAGAUGACGUGGUACAUCAAGCAGCCAUGGAUCGCCUUUACGAGCAGGUGAAGGCGGCGGCGGAAGAGAGGGGCCUGUUGCUGGACUUUGUUUGCCCGACGUUUGCGGACAAGAGGCAGGAUGUGCUGCGGGGGUUCGGAGAGGAGAAUGUCGGGUUGAUCAAGGACGUUGCGGCAAAGUAUGAUGGGGAGGGGGUGUUUCAGAAGUUGCAAUAUGGAGGGUUCUUGGUGAGGGAUUUGUAAGUAGUAGUAGUAGUAGUAGUGUAGGGUUGUGAUGGUUGUGAUGGUCGUGAGCGGGAAUGACGUGGGAGGAAUGGAUGAUGAAAGGGGGGUCAUGUAGCGCGCUUGCGAGUGGGGUACAGAUAGCAGGUUAGCUCUUGCUAACAUUUCAAUGUGGAAAACUUUC